AUGCCCGCUCCCGGCGACCAGCACACUUAUGUUGUCAAUCCCUUUGCUGAACCUCAACAACGGAUAUCUGAGUACACGGCCCAAGAGAUUGCAACCCUACAGAGCCGGCUCGAUAAGCAACUUGGUCCCGAAUACAUAUCGACACGCGCCGGCCCUGGUGGACAAAAGGUACACUACAUUACCGCUGAAAAGUGCAUCACUCUUGCCAAUGAGGUUUUUGGCUUUAAUGGGUGGUCCUCGAGCAUUCAGAACAUCCAGGUCGACUUCGUAGAUGAGGAUCCAAAGACGUUGAGGAUCAGUUUGGGCCUAUCUGUCAUCGUGCGUGUCACUCUGCGUGAUGGGACAUACCAUGAAGACCUGGGGUACGGCCACAUCGAGAACUGCAAGGGAAAGGCGACUGCAUUCGAAAAGGCCAAAAAAGAAGGCACCACGGAUGCUCUCAAGCGGGCACUACGGCACUUUGGCAAUGUCCUGGGCAAUUGCAUCUACGACAAGUCGUACCUGGAGAAGGUUACAAGGAUGAAAGUACAACCAGCUAAGUUCGAUGAGAGCAAUCUGCAUCGUCACCCAGAUUAUGUAAAAAAGGGGCCUGUCGAGCCAGAGCCCCCGAAGGCAACGGAGAACAAUGGUCCACUCCAGCCUGCUCAAUUGGUGGCCGAGGAUGCAUUCGAUGAUGACUUUCUCGGAGAGUUGGAUGAGGCCGAUUUUAACAUCACCGAUGACGGUCAUCCCGACUGGGUCGUUUUGCCGAACACAAAUUCAGCUGCCGAUACAUCCCAAUUCAACGGCGCCAGUAACGCAAAAAGUGAGCCAAUCGCCAACAACGCGACAAACCAACCGGCUCAACCUCUUACGCGGUCAGGGUCAGCAGGCAAUCUGCCGCGGCAACAGCCACCACACACACCCAUACAACAGCAACCACGACCACAACACCCGAAUGCCUUCCCGGGAGUUGGACAGAAUCGUGGGCCUGCAGGACCUCCACGGCCACAGCAGCACUUCGCCCAGCAACAGUUCAAUCAGAAUAGACCAUCUGCUCCCGGAAAUGGAACUGCCAACAAUCAAAAACCGGCCAAUCAUACUGCACCAGCUCCUCCACCUGGACCUCCCCCGGCGGUAGCACCACCUUCUGAUGAAGCACCCGGGUUCUUCUCAGCAAAAGCCUUGAAAGACAUUCCUGAGGAAGCCGUUAUUAGCGGAAUUUUGGCUCCGAAGGAAGGCCAAGCAUUCAAUCCUUACUUCGACAGUCCGUCUAUUCCAAAAACCCCCGGCAUAGAUCACACAAAAUCGAAACCUGUAUCCAAGUUGGGAACGCAUGUUGCCCCGAAGAGAAAGUAUACUGACGAGGAACUGGAUGAAGCUCAGGAUGCCAGGUCUGGGACCGAGACCAAGCCCGGCCCAAAUGGAGUCGCGAGUAAUAAAUCAGGGGGGCCAGGGGGGCCACCACAACAAGCACGUCCACCAAAUCAAUUUCAGUCAGGGGUAGGACGCCCUCCAGUGUCUCGCGUCCCUCCCAAUAUUGUCCACCCGCAUAUGGAGCAGGCAAGGAAGAUAGGUGCGCCGCAAGCCUCUCAGAGCCCGCUGGCCAACCGUUCACAGUUCCGGCCACCAACGAAAAAAAAUCCUGAUGGGACAUCAGCUGGCAUCAACGGAGCUGGGAGCGGUAACGGAGCAGGUGGAGGGGGAGGGGGAGCUGGUGGAAGAAUGUCACCGGGUGAUACGGCCAAUGCUGGUACAGAGGUGAAGAGCGAGGGGCCAGACUCGAAGAGGUUGAAGACCUCUUAG